CAUAAACUCAUAUAGAUGGACUGUAAUAUUGAUGAUAAUAAUCAUUUUAAUGAACUAGGAAUUAUAGUGAAUAAUAUUGGUCGACUGUUAUGUUGCAGACAUUUGGGAGGCCGAGCCAUCAUUGUGAAGUCGUUUGCCCGCAUCCACGAGACCAACCUGAAGAAGCAAGGCCUGCUGCCUCUGACCUUCGCCAACCCCAGCGACUACGACAAAAUCAAGCCAACUGACAAGAUAUCCAUUGUUGGACUGAAAGCAUUCGCACCCGGCAAGCCACUGGACUGUGUGAUCACGCAUGAGAACGGAUCGCAGGAAACAAUCAAACUGAACCACUCGUUCAACGAGCAGCAAAUCGAGUGGUUCAAGGCUGGCAGCGCUCUCAACCGGAUGAAGAUGCUCGCCGCCAAAAAGUGAACCCAUUCAACUUUUAGCCAAUUCAAGCUCUAGAAAUUCCCGUCUCAAGUGUCUUCGAGUGUUUCAAAUUAUUCAGUCUCGUUCAAAAUUACAAUUUUAUUCUGUUCCAAUACUUGUUUUUAAAUCGUAGGUGCGUUUCAAAUGUUUUAUGAAAUUGUCUUCGUAUUACGCCUUGAAUUGUUGUUUUUGUUGCGUUAUUUUUAAAUCAUAGUUACUUUAUCAACCGUUAAUACUCAAUCCACUACCAAUGGACAAUUUAAUUGUCUGAAUAUUUCGCUUUUAAUUUUGUUUCAAUACUCAUUGUAUUCAAGUUUUAGUUACUUUUUUAAUAUAUUAUAAGAAUUUACUAUCAAUGGAGAUGAUCGUUUUAUAAUACUCAUUGAUUUUUUCAAAUCAUACUCAUACUUAUUAUUUAUAAUAAAUACUCAUUUUUCGAUUUGAUUUUAUCAAAACUAAAUUUUAGCUUAAUUUUAAAAUUAUUUAACACUAGCAUGUUUUGUAUUAUAGUAGAGAAUUUUGGUAUAUCUGAUUCUCUUCUGAACAUUUAAAAUGUAAAAUCAUUGUCUUGUAAACCGUAUGUAACUUGUAUUAGUACUGAAAUUUGUUGUUGUAAUUACAUUAUCAUGAUCACUUAUUUAUUAAAUUCAGUGUAGAUUUGUGAUAGAAUGACAUAAAAUAAACAUUCUAUUAUUUUUCUAAAA